AUGAGUUUGAUCAGUUGGAUUUCCUCGAUAAUCAACACAGUGUUGCCGCUGCUAAAAGAUCUGUGGGCCGAUUGGGGGAUUCAUUUCUUGGUCACCGCAAGCAUUACCUGCGAGAUUUUUCUCACAAUAUUAGGCAUACGUCGAAAAUAUAUGACUUUGAAUUUAGCUGUGAGAUUCAUCAUCUGGGCCUCCUAUUUGCUCCUUUCUUUCAUUGUGAAAAUUGCGCUGGGCAAGCUCACUGAUGUCCACAUCGUUGAUCCUGAAAAUCCGAGUUACGACGUGGAGUUGCAAGCGCUGUUUGCCCCAGUGCUUUUGAUGCAACUUGGGUACCCAGACGGCAUAACGGCCUAUGCGGUGGAAGAUAACCGGCUGGGAUUGAGACAGAUUCUGAACAUCGGGGCUGCAAUUGUCCUCGUGGUUCGUAUUAUCAUUCGCUGUUGGGACAGCUCGUCCCCGGUCUCAAGGCUGUACUUGCCCUUCUUCAUCGCCGGGUUGACAAAGUCGGCGUUGUGGGUCUGGGCUCUCAAAUCCGUGUAUGAUGAUAACUCAAUUGUGAACGCCGAGAACAUACCCAAACUAGCCGCCAAGGACGCCUUUGUGAAUGCCGAGGACUUACCUGAAGCAGCCGCCGAGAUGGAAACGAGUGUUCCGCUCAGAUUGUUCCCCUUGGACAAGAAGUUCGACUCCGCUAAGGACAUCUUGAAGGCCUACUUUCGAUUCGACUGUCUGAAGCCCCACCUCGUGAACUGGCCGUACCACCCCGUGUUCAUAUCCCGUGAUUGGAUGUCCAUCGACAGUUACCCUGCCAACAGCGCUUUCACCCUGAAUGAGAUCGAGCUGAACUUCAUGUUCGACGUGCUCUACACUAAAGCGCCCAUUCUGUAUACAAAACGUGGCCUCAUAGCCCGCUUCUUCGGCUUCUUCUGCUUGGUGUCAGCCUUGUGUGGAUUCGCAGUGAUCUUCAGGAACGCCUUCUUGAUCGAUAUGUACAUCACCUAUACGUAUGCGUUACUGUUGGCAGUCACAGGUCUCGAGCUUUAUCAGAUCACUACGUUGGCAUUUUCGGAUUGGGCAGUGGUGAUGAUGGUUAUGAACCUUGGGACGCCGCUCCUCUUAAGGCUCCUCCCGCCUCUGGCUGAUCGAUGCAUGAAGAAGAAAAGAUGGUCAAGAUCGCUAGGGCAGCUCAAUUUGUUAGAGCACUGCCUGUCAUACAAAGAAAGGCCAAAGCCCAUCCGCAAGGUACUUGAUUGGUUUAGUAAAAAGGAGAUCUCCAGUUGUCAUUGGUUACACUCCCGCCAGCCCAUGCCCGGAUGCCUCAGGGCGCUGGUAAUACGAAAGAUGGCGGAGCUAGAGGAGAAAAGAAAAUACCUGCCCUUCAAGGAAAAAGGCAAGUGGACGCUUGAGAUUUACGGCAUCCAGGAGAAACAAGGACUGAGCAGUAGCAUCGCCGCAAAAUUUACUAAGAGCAUCAUUAUCUGGCACAUCGCAACAGAAACCCUGCACUCACUGGAAAUCGAAAAAUCCGACGCUUUCAGAGGAAGCAAAUUGCUAUCUGAGUACCUGAUAUACCUCCUUGCUCUGCAUCCUCAGAUAUUGUCCCUCCCCACCACCGACAUCACACUGGAGCACGCUUGUUGCACACUCCGGCUUUUCUUAAGGUACCGAGACUAUAAAGAAGCAAUUAGCAUGCUAUCGUCGGUGGAUGAAGAUGUCAUCCCACUCUUCGUGGAACCAAGUAAUGCGACGAGGAUCACUCGUGACUGGCACAUGCUGUUGGAGGUGCAGAAGCUUGUGGCCGACCUGAGGACAAUAAGCAACAAGUGGGAGAUCAUCAGCAGCAUCUGGGUGGAGAUGCUGUGUUAUGCAGCAUAUAAGUGUCCAGUGUAUCACCAUGCCAGGCGACUAAGAAGAGGAGGCGAGCUCAUCACUCUUGUGUGGCUCCUCUUGGCUCACAAGACCGACAAGUUCCCUUAUGAAAAUCCUGAGGCUUGCCUUAAGAUCCCCGAAAUCUCCCUCCUUGGAAGAAGGUUCUUCUAG